AUGUCCCAACAACCGCAAGUGCCCAUUGCCGACAUCACCAAGAUGGCGAUCCCCACCUUGCCCCAGGUCACGCCUGAUCCCCCCAAGCAAAACGGGAUCUGGUCGCUGAACCCGGUGUUCUCGUACUUGAACGACGUCUACACCACCUUGGCCGAACACCGCCAACUGUUGGGGCUCAUUAACCCCGGCACCAUCGAAAACUUGACCAAGGAAGUGCUGAGAGACGUGUUCCUUAACCAAUACUUCUUCACCGGGUUGAGAGCCGACCUCAACAAGGCGUUCUCGAUGCAACCUGCCUUCCAAACCUCGCACACCUUGUCGAUCGGGUCGCAAGUGUUGCCCCCUUACGCCUUCCUGGCGUUGUACGCCACCGACGACUACUUCGUCCAGGGUAACAUCGACAACGACUUGUCGUUCUCGGGUAGAAUCAACUACGGCUGGGACAAGGCCAACAUCCUGAAGGUGACCCUUCAAAUCGCCCGCGGCCAGCCGCUGAUGGUGCAAUUGGAACAAGACUACCAAGCCAACGACUUCUCCAUCAACUUGAAGACCCUUAACCCCUCGUUCUUGACCGGCGGCUUCUCCGGUGUCGCCGUGGCGUCGUUGUUGCAAUCGGUGUCCCCCAAGUUGGCCAUCGGUUUGGAAGCGAUGUACUCGAAGCAAGCUGGCCCCGCCCCCCCUGACUCGGCGGUGUCGUACGUCGCCCGUUACAACGCCGGUAACUGGAUUGCCACCGCGCAAAUCCAAGCCCAAGGCUCGGUGGUGGCGUCGUUCUGGAGAAAGGUCACCGAUAAGGUCGAAGCUGGUGUCGAAACGCAAAUCGCCGCUUCGGUGAAGCCUAUCACCGACCCGAUGAUGGGUACCCCCAUCGGCUUUGAACCCGUCGUUGAAGGCCAAACCACCAUUGGUGCCAAGUACGAGUACCGCCAGUCGGUGUUCCGUGGUCAACUUGACUCCACCGGUAAGGUGGCGGCGUUCUUGGAAAAGAGAGUGUUGCCGACGGUGUCGAUCUUGUUCUCGGGUGAAAUCGACCAGAUCAAGGCGUCGACGAGAUUAGGUGUGGGUUUGCAGUUUGAAUCUGCCGGUAACGAACAGUUGAUGAUGAUGCAGCAAGGGUUGGUUGACGCCAACGGCAACCCCAUCCCCGGGGCCCAACCGGCGUUGUAA